AUGUCUGUGUUGGCUGUGGCCAUGAUAGGGCUACAGUCUGUGCUACCGGAUCAGAAAUGGCCCGGGCAUGAGAUACUGCGAGCACACUCUAUUGAUGGAACAGAGCUGAUGCACGGAUUUAUCAAUGAGAUACGCCGGAACUUACUCGAUAUCUCGGUCGAUUGUCGAAUCGAAGCUGUUCAAGUCUGCUUCUUGGUAUCUUCAUAUUAUGUGUACCACAACUCCCCGAGCAUUGCUUGGACGGUCUCUGGUAUGGCUGUGAGAUCUGCCUAUGCCCUUGACCUGUAUACAAAAUCAUCACAUUACGAGAAUCCGGUUGUGGAUGAGGUCCGAUCUCGUUGCUGGAAUCAUGCCAUCGUCGCUGAUACGUUUACGUCUAUCAUCUAUGGCCGACCGUCUUCCAUAGACACGGGUCUUGUUGCCCUCCAUCCCAUACGAGAUAUGGACGACCUAAUUCUUGACCCAAUACUUUUGAAGAACGAAUUGAUAUCCGCAAGUGGAAGCCAAAAAACCACAGCUGGAUUUUUUACCAUGAAAUAUGAGCUUUACAAUAUCAUCCGACAUAUUCUUUCCCGUCUUCGGCGACUUCAGCUGAGAAAUGAGAGGAUGGAAGAAGAUUUACAGGCCAUCGCGGAAGCUUCGCGAUACUCCCAAGAACAACUGGAAUUAUGGAGGAGAAGGGUGCCUCAGCUGUUUGAUUUCGAAUUUUGGAGCAGCGAGAACCGAUUGCAGUUGUUCCAACGGCAGAUCGAGACAUUACCUGAGCGCACAAAACAGCAGGCGGAGACUAUCAUCUUACAAGCAGCCUGCCUCCAAUUAACAUACGACGGAGCUUUGAUCCAAGCCCGUCGGCCUCUGCUGGAGCAGAAAAUAACCAAUGCUUGUUCGCGCUCAGUUGUAGACGCCAUUCAUGAAUCAUUGAGUGUUGCCACAGCUGCUGCCCUUCGAAUAUCCCGCAUCCCUGUUCUUCGCUUCAAGCAUCACUUCGCCGAGUCCUUCGUUUCUCUUCAGCAAUUUACUGCAGGGGUCAUCCUCUGCAUCUCACCUACGAGCCAACCAUUUACUAGUGCUGCGCAUGAGGCCAAGGCUGGUAUAAUGCGGAUCAUCCACGCUAGCACAGCUUUCGGCUCUCACAAUCGAAUAGCAAAGCAGACCGCACAGCUGCUCACUGAGUUAUUGAAAGUCACCGUAGAGCGUGAAAUGUCCGGUGCACUGCGAGGAGAGAACAACAUAAUUUCAAAUAUUGAAUCCGAUGCCAGUCAGCGACAUGGACAAUAUGGAUCCCGAUCAUCGUCCACGCAAGCGCCUUCUGAUGAAGUUGUCACGCCAACAGCUCCCCUUCAGCCUAAUUUUCGACAGUCCCAAGCCUCGCUGGUCCAGCAAAAUGGCCAAGAGAGAGCGGAUCAUACAAUGGCUCAAGCACGUGGGGGAGCCUUCUGGGUAUCCAUCCGCUAG